AACACCAGGUGUUCAUGUAUUUGGUGAAUUAUUAGAUAUGCCAAAUAUCAAAGAACUUGAUAAUAGUCCACAUGCUAAAUAUUAGAAUACUCUUAAUCUAUUUGCAUAUGGUACAUACAAAGAUUAUUUAAAAAAUAUUGAUAAUUAUUUAAAGCUAACACCUGUACAACAAAAAAAAACUUCAACAUUUGAUAAUUGUAACAUUGGCUGAAAAAUCAAAAUGUAUACCAUAUUCAGAAUUAUUAGAAAAGUUUGAUAUUCAAAAUGUACGUGAUUUAGAAGAUCUCAUUAUUGAAACUGUUUAUGCUGAUAUUAUUCAUAGUAAAUUGGAUCAAAAAAAUCACAACUUGAAGUUGAUUAUGCUGGUCUUGGAAGAGAUGUUAAACCACGUGAUGUUGUUGGGACAUUAACGUGGUCGUCUUGAAUAUAUUUCACAAACAAUUAAGACAAUAUCUGAUCUCCAUAAAAGCUGGAACAAACUUGAUGAUGAAUCAUCGUUAAAAAUAUUUUUUAUAUUUCCAUAUUUUAUGGAACCAGCAAUGAAAAUGAAAGCAAAUCCUUCAGGUAUUGAUGGUGGUUCAAAAGCACUUAAAAUGGCUGAUUAUAAAGUUGACUCUGAUAAUCAUCUAUUGUUUAUAAAUAAUGAUGAAGGAAGAAAAUUUGGUUCACCAGUUAGAAUAUUUACAAAUUUACCAUUAAAUUUAAUCAAAUUAUCAGAACAAGAUGGUUAUAAAUAUUGUAAACGUUGUGAUAAAUGGUCAUCACAAGAAAAUAAACAUUGUAAAAAAUGUAAAUCAUGCACAUCAAAAGAUGGAAGAAGAUACAGACAUUGUAAUACAUGUAAUCGUUGUGUUAAACCAACUUGGAAACAUUGUAAAAAAUGUGAAAGAUGUCUAUUAAAAACUCAUACUUGUGGAGUUAAACCAAGAAUAACUGGUGAAUGUUUCAAAUGCAAAUCAACUGAUCAUAUUGAAAAAGAUUGUCCUGUUGGUAAACCAAGUAAAAAACGUAAAAAUAAUGACACAAUUGAAUCACUAAAAUUUAAAAAAAUUAAAAAAAAUACUAAUGAUGUUUGUGGUAAUUUAUAAAACAAAAAAAAGUCUCAAAUAUCAAUGAAGAUGGUACAAGUAUCAAAUCAGUGACAAGUAUAAAUGAACAUUGGGCAAAUAUUGAUUGCAAUAGUCCAGUUGUAUCAUUAAAAGCUUUAAAUGUUGAUGAUUUAUUACAAAAUACUGAUGAUGAUAAUUUUAUUAUUGAUUCUAGUGGUGGUGCUGGUAAUAGUCCAACAAUAAAUAAAAAUAAUCAUAAUAAAAAUAAACAACUAUCAAAUGCAUUUUUUACAAGUUCACGAAUACUUGAAACCUUGGCAAGUAUAACGCAAGGACGUCAUGAUACAGCUAAAAUACGUUUCAAUAAUAUUGUUUAUAUUAAUAAUUGCAGUAAAUAAUAUUAUUUAAUAAUAUUAAUAAUUACAACACCCCAACAUCAAGGUCAGUUGAAUAGAUGAUUCUACUAAUGCUCGUAAAAAUUAUUUUAAUAAUAAAUC